UUAAUUUUAAAAAGAAACAAUAAGAAAAAAUCCGUUACGUUUAGUAAUAACACACACACAUGUUUUGACGUAGUAUGACGUCAUAAGCGCAUGCGUGCAUUGUUAGUCGGCACUGCAGGAGUGAAAUCGUAAAGGUAUCGAUUUUGUGAUUGUAGUGUCUGUUUCCUUAGUUUAGUGUCAAUUUGUGGAAAAUUGUGAAUGGAAUAUUUAUUAAAAAUAAAACAUAUAUCCGUGUGAUUAGGCUGGUUAGAAGAUGACGAAGGAUAGGUUAGCAGCGUUGAAAGCGGCUCAAAGUGACGAUGAUGAAGGACCUGAUGAUGUUGCAGUUACAGUUGAAGGAAGAGAUGGCUUCAUGGACGAAUUCUUUGCGGAGGUGGAGGAAAUUCGGGAGAUGAUAGAUAAGAUACAAGCAAAUGUGGAAGAAGUUAAGAAAAAACAUAGUGCCAUUCUUUCUGCACCUCAGACUGAUGAAAAGGUCAAGCAGGAGCUGGAAGACCUUAUGGCUGACAUUAAAAAAACUGCCAACAAAGUCCGUGCCAAGUUAAAGGUUAUAGAACAAAACAUAGAACAAGAAGAACAUGCAAACAAAUCGUCAGCAGACUUGAGGAUACGGAAAACUCAACACUCAACCCUAUCUCGCAAGUUUGUGGAAGUGAUGACGGAAUAUAAUAGGACGCAAACAGACUACAGGGAGCGGUGUAAGGGAAGAAUACAGAGGCAACUGGAGAUAACUGGUAGAACGACGACAAACGAAGAACUGGAAGAUAUGUUGGAACAAGGAAACCCAGCAGUAUUCACGCAGGGGAUCAUAAUGGAGACCCAGCAAGCGAAACAGACACUAGCAGACAUAGAGGCACGACAUGCAGAUAUCAUCAAACUGGAAACAUCUAUUAGGGAAUUGCAUGACAUGUUUAUGGACAUGGCUAUGCUAGUAGAAAAUCAGGGGGAAAUGAUAGAUCGUAUCGAAUAUCACGUAGAACAUGCAGUGGACUAUGUCCAGACAGCCACCCAAGACACCAAGAAAGCACUCAAGUACCAGAGUAAAGCUAGGCGGCAAUUGCAGUCGCCAUCUUCUGAACCAGUCCAGUCAGAAGCUCUCAUCAGGCAGCUGUGGAAAUGUCGCACCAAUGUCCAGUAUCUGUUUCAGUUUGUUUUUUUCUUUCACUGUAGUAUCCUUGUUCAUUUCCCAGUAUUCAAACUCUUGCCUUAUGCUCUGCGAGUGCAUACAAGUUCUGUAUUCUUGGGUGCUGUCACAGAGAUUGUUGCCUGUAUGGUGUGCUGUUACGACAUUUUUGGAACUCAACAUGUCAAAAAAAUGUAUGUAGUUUUAAAAUUACAUGACUGUAACACUUUUAACAAAAAAUUAUUUUACAGUGCUUUUGUGUUACUCAUAAGAAUGUGCUGAAGUUAUAUGCAUGUUUUGUGAAUUAAUAAUUUUUAUUCAAAGUUUUAAAUUGUAUAUUAGGUACAUUUAUAGUGUGCCUUUGGUUAUGUUUAUAUGGAAAAGGGUGCCACUUUCGAAGUUAUGAUAAAGUAGUGCAUGCUGUUUCUUAGAUUAUCUUCAGUAGGGUGGAUUUUUUCCCCCCUUAACUCUUGACCACAGUUCUAAUUAAAAUUACUGUAACACAAUAAAGUAAAACUUAAGCCUGUUUUAAAUAUUUAUUUAUGAGGUGAAGUGUUACAGUCGUGCAUCCUAAAAGUAGAUUUUAAAAAAUGUAAUUUUUUUUAUUGGAAAUAUCUUAACCAAGUUUGGGCCUAAUUAUGUUAUUGUUGGGUUUUCAAAGCUUUGUAAAAACUACACUUUUAAACUUGCCUGAAGAUGUGGUUAUAGAUAGAUGAUGUAUUCAAAAAUCAAAUAUCUAGUGAAUUUGUGUAAGCAUUGUAAAUAUUCUUGAUAAGAUAAUGGACUUAUCUGGUUACAUGAAAUUUAGAACCACUGCCUGAACUAUUUUAAUUUAUUUAGGUGCGGUUUUCAAUAAGUGUGAAUAGAAACAUAUUUUUAUCAGCAAUGGGCUGGCAGUUCACCUGAAACAAUGCACCGCGUUACUCACGCAGAAGCAAUAAAUAAUAUGAAACAUGUAUUGAUAAUAUUGUUUCAUUUUCAUUAUAAUAGUAUAUAUGCAUAACAUAGUUACAGAUCAUUUUUAAGACAAUGCAUAUAAUGAAAAGAAAUAAUAUUUGUGAAUGUUAAUACAUAUGUAUAUUACACAGAUAUAUAGAUUGUUGCGGUGGAAGGAGAAUGAAUGUUUUGUCAUAAUCGUAGCAGUUGUCUAUGUGAACAAUAAUAGUCAUGCAGUUGUAGCUCCUUUCUUUAAGUGUUUCUAGAAUGUGUUCUCACACACAAAAACUUCUCUUUAAAAAUUCAAGUAAUUGUUUGAUUUAUUACUAAAAUAUAUUAAUAUUGUUUCAUAAUUUAAAGGAAGCUAAAAAUCUAUGGUCUGUUAUUCACAAGAAAUUGAUUCUUGAAAUUGUGAACACUUUGUUAGAUUGGCUGUUAUUUGUUCUUGUUAAAAAUUGUUCGACUCUAAGUUAGUAUUUUUGUUGGAAAAGUGUGAAAGUUUAAUAAUAGGAAUUGAUUUUUACUGUUAACAUUGUCUGAGAGUUUUAAAAAAAAGAUAAGAUGCACAAUCAGUAUGUGUUGAAAUAUCUUUGGCCUAAUGUUUACAAACUACUUGACAUUUUCCAACGAUUUGUUUAACAAGCCUAUUAGUAAUUAAUUACAUUUUAAUAUUAUAAGUGUUUUCUAUAAUAGUUUUUAGGAAGUAGACACAAGUGAUUAUUGUUCCUUUAGCUAGCAGUACCACAACUUGUGUAUCCUAAUUCGGUAAAAUAUGUUUAAUAUUGUAAUUAAUAUCAUUACUUCUAUUAAAAGGACAGAUAUUUGAAAAAAAUGUUUUUAAAGGUAAGCAAUUGGAGCAACCUGUACUUAAUUAGCUUAUGUAAGAGUACCUACUUUCUUUUUGGAAAAUGUUUUGCAAUAAUUACUUUACAAAAGUGUUAAAAAACGUAUUUGGAAACACAAGUUCUGGUUCAAGCUAUGCUCUUUCUUUAUACUUUACAAUUGUUAUUUUUUUUAUGUAUAAUACAAACUGUAUUUUAGGUGGCACUUAGGCAAACUUGUUUACUUCACUUGUCAAUGUGAUAAUAUGUGUAUAAGUAGAUGGAUGGCUAUUGGAGUAUUUCAGCAUGGAGCUCUUGUGGCUGUGAUAACGGUUCAAUCAACUCAUUGUAAUAGCAGAGCUAGGUAGUUUAGUGUAAUGUUUUUAUUACCAAAAACUAAUGAGGAGCCUUUCAGUUCAUAUCAGGUGCAGUUAGUGUAUUUAUCAUGAAAUAGCGCACCUCAGUGAUGUAGAAACUGCCACUUUUAAUCUAGUUGAGUAUGACAAUGUACAGCACUAGUCCUAGGGAGGGGUUUAGCUAGUGUUAGUGAUAAAAGUAUGAGUACUUGAUGCCGGUUUAGUCAGCAAAAUUAAAUGGUUUAAGGUAUUAGUCAAAAUUAAUUUAUUUUCUUUAUCGCAACAUUUUUUAAUAAAAAUAAAUUAUUUCUUACUAAUAAUUUUCAUGUUUUUAAAAAGGUAGACUUUUAAAUGCAAAACCAAUGUGCACACUUACUCACUGCUCAUACUAGAAAGUACAUACUACAAAAGAUUUUUUCUAUCAGAAAUAAAACCUGGUGGCAACAUUGCAGCAACUUUUGUUUGAAAAAGUGCCACGAGGUAUAUCUGUUACAUAAGAAUUGUCAAAAAUAUUUAUUACAUAAGACAAACCAUUUGUCGAAAAAUUGGUUUAGGCAGCUACGUAAUCAUCACAAGGAUAAGAAAAGACUUUUCAGUCUCUUGUAGUAAAUAUGAAUAUUACGCAUAACAAAAAUUUGAAUUAUCUUGAAGUAAAUAAUUAUGUUGUGAAACACUAAUGUGCUGAAUAUAAACAUAAACUUUAUUCAUUUCAUGUACCUACGUAGAUUAGCAAAUGAGUCUGAUUUGUGUUGAUAUAGUUUUGUUUAUUUGUAUAAUUUAUUAAUGAAAAUUCAUAUUACCACAGAUCCUGUAUCUCAACUUUUCCAUACCACUGACAUAGUAAUGUAUUUUACAAAAAAAAAUCAGGGCAAUAACAAUCUAACUUAGUAAAGAAACUAAUUUGUUUGCUUAUAAUUUGAAUUAAUUAUUUUAAUUUAUUCAAGAGUAAUUUAAAAUUAUGGUAUAGUAUUUACAGUUUCUGAGUUAGUUGAGCUAUUUAUUUAAUUAUUUUAUUUAUUUAUUAAUUAAUGUUGUAACAUGCCCACCAACAGCUGAGGGCUUUAGCGGUGGGUACGACACAUACAGUAGAACCCUGUUAUAAUGUUUUUCAAGGGAGCACAAGAAAAAAACAUUAUAAGCAGGAAAUCUCAAUUUAGUACUUAACAAUGUUCGAGCUUUGUACCAAUGGACUCACCAAGCUAUGUAAACAACUUUAAUGUUAAAACCAAAGAUAGUAUACUUGAUACAUGAAUUUUCUGAAACAAGCCAACAUUUUUUCAACUUUGUCUUGUUCCCUGGUUAAAUGUUGUUUGUCUUUAAAGAUACACUGCUACAUUUUUUUGUAAAAUUAUUUCACAAUUCAUGAUGACAACAUUAAGAGUGAGAACGUCUACUCCUUUGCCACCUGAAAAUGUUUAAUUUUGGGAUUCCGACGUAUGAAUGGAAAAAAAAUUAUUUUUAAGCAAUAGAAAACACUUUUAGUUAUGCCCUCGCUCAAUGGUUGGCAACUUAAAUAUCGUAGAACUAUGUACGUGCAUCUGAAUACCCACUGGAAUGGCAAGGACUUACGUAACUAUGAACAUUGUGUACCUUAAGUAUAUUGCAUAAAAUUGUAUUUUAACAAACUUCAUGUAUUGUAUGGCAGUGAUUGUAAACAUAAACAUACAUAAAGGAAACUUUUUAUCGUAAGUGUUGGAAUAAUUUGGUUUUAAAACUUUUUUUCCCCAUUUAUUGAAUGUUAGAAAGCAAACAUUAUAAGCAGGAAAUUACACUAUUUAUGAACGUUAUAUGCAGGAAAUAAAUACAUUGUCCUUAUGGGAGAAAUAUUGGGACUUUAAAAAUAUGACAUUAUAAGCAGGAAAACAUUAUAUGCAGGAACAUUAUAACAGGGUUCUACUGUAUAUACAAGGACAAAAUAUAAACAAUACAAACUAAAUACAAACAAACAAAUAUUAUUAAAGAAUUAUACCUUUGUCGUAAUUUGUCCUCUGAAGCACAUCAGAGUUUUCAUUUCUUUUUUUUUCUUCGAGCAUUAAAAUAUUUCCAUGUUUUGCAGACUGGCAUCUAGUGUUUACCAACUGAAGGGUUGUUUUUUCAUCACACAUUCAGUGCUGGUGAUAAUUUGGUUUUUAAGUUGGUCACACUUACUUGCUAAUUAUUUUCCAAAACCUAGCAAUAUUUGUUUGUUCACAAGUAAAUAAUAUAAACAAUACUUACCACAACAUAAAUACAGUACAUGCAUACAAAUUUCAGUGAUUGUCCAUUUAUUGUCACAAUAAAAAAAAUUUACUCAUGAUGUUAUUUGUACUCUAGUAUAAUUUUGUACUUGGUAUUCUGUUGGAAACACUAAAUCAGCAUUUGCAUGAGGCCGUGCAAAAAAAAAAAAAAUCAAAAUUGACAUUAGUGCCACAAAGCAAAAUAGGUCAGUGGUAUCUUAAGCUCUGCCCAUCAAGCCACACUCCUCAAAACAAUUGCUUUGGCUUUUGCAUGGAUAACAUGUGUUAGUGUAUAGGUAUAAACCCCACUUUGAAGUCAAGGUCACUCCCCCCCCCCUCAAAAUUGUAUUUGUUCUUUUAAUCCCCCUCCAUUAUAUUUCAUCUGAAAAUUUUACACUAUUUAUCUCUGGAAAAUAGAACACAUUUACACUUCAUUUUAACUGUAACAGUGAAAUCUCUUUAUAAAGUCAAUGUUUUGCUUUGAAGUAAUUUUCACUUAUUAGUAUAUAUUUCAAAAUACCUACAAGACAUUUUACCUUUUAUAAUAUCUCGGUGUAAAAUAAUUUAUCCAUUAUACUUUAGGUACAGAAACUAACGUUGUUUAUGUAUGUGGUAGUGAGAUUGCACUGCAGUACUUACGUAAAAGAAAGCUUAGUGAAGUUAGGGUCUUGUGGCGUCAUGCACAUGAAACGUUAAGGCCUUGGAGUAUAGUACAUGUGAAGCAUGACCCUUGUCACACGAGCAGGACUCUGAAGGCUUGGCUUCCGAGGACUCUAACAAAGCAGUCUUCAUGCAGUACAUACAUGAAAUCUCGUCUUUCUUUUUUUCCUGGGUAUAUAGUCAUUGUUUUAUGGAAUACAUUUUAGUGAGAACUUCUAAUGAUAAAAUUUCUAUUUUAACAUUAAAUUUUGUGUGUAGACUCAUUGAAGAUAUUUGGCGUCACACACAAGAGUUGUCGACAACACAAUUUAAUAUUUAUUUUAAAUCUUUAUAUUGUAAGAGGUAAAAGACAUCCGUAUAGUUUUGUAGUUAUGAUUUUAGCACUGGUAUUGGAGGUGCCACGUACAUAAUACUGUUGGUGGUGGUGAUGCCAAGCUGACAGCUAGGACGAUUGGCAAUGUGGAAAUGAAGGAAUGCCCCACACCCAGUCGUGAACCGAGGAAGCAAAUUUUUUCAGUGUGAAAAAUUACUAUUCUGAAUGGGAAUCAAACACAAAUUUUUUUUUAUCGCCUGUCACUUAUCGCGAUCACUCCAGAUCUUUGGAAACUUGAGGAAAUGUGCUUUAUUAAUUGAUCAUUAAGAUUUAUUGAUAGGUUUUUGUAUGUUAUUUCUUCCAGCUGAUAAUUUUUCUUGUUCCGCUCCCUUAGACAUCCAUCUACCAUGAAUGGGAUACAUCAGAAAUGUACAGUGUAAAUUAUUUCAAACACUGAGAAGAUAAAUUUAGAAAUUGUGUAAUUGUAUGACUUUAGUGUGAUGAAAUGACUGAAAAUCAUUUUUUCCCCCCUUAAGUUCUGAAGAGAGAGAACUUUUACAGGUGCAGGUUUGUAGUGCUUUAAAUUUUUAUGUAAUGUUAAUUUUUAACUGCACUGUCUCUAAAGCUUUUUUUUUUUCUAUAAUUUGGUAUUGUGUACCAAACAACUAAACUUUCACUGGCUUAUUAGUAACUAGUCAUUCAGCUGCAUGUAGUUAAAAAUUUUUUAUUUACAAUCUAUAAUGUGUGCGUAGUUAAUGAGGUAGGCCAGUCACAUACAUUUCUGAUCUAUCUGUCCAUGUUGUGUGUUGUGCUCUUACUUCAUUUUCUAAUACUUAGACUAGUGUAGGUAUUGCCAAAAUCUAGACCUAAGUUUUAAAGUAUCAAGUUGAAAAGAAUCAAUGUUCCUGUCUUCCGUAUGCAGAGGUUUAAUCAGUGCUUAACCUGUAAAUAAAUCUCUGAGCUAUAAGCUAAAGAAAAAUAACUGUUAAACAGCAUUAAGCACUGAUUGGCUGAUAAAUAUUGACGUUGUCUGGAUGUAGGACUGAAAAUCAAUUUUUCUCCUUCCGAUCAUGUGUUACGUUGUGCUAAGAAAAUAGAUUUUCACAUAUUGAGUGUGUACAUUUUCCAGCACAUGGCUUAGCUUUGUAAUGUGUUAAGUAUGAAUGAAAUGUCUGUUUAGAAAACUAUGCAUUCUAUUAAAGGGUUUAAAUCUUGCUUUUGUUAUCUAAACACUUGAAACAGUCAAUAAGGACUUCAGUAGAAUAAAAUUUUAUGGUUUUACGUGCAGUGCUUCAAUUAUAACUUCCAGAAUUAUUUGCAAAGUGAAUGACUCAACAAUUGUGUUGUUCCAGAACAUUUAAGCCUCAAUACCUACACCAAGCAGCCACUAUAUUUGAAAUUUCUCUAAUGUGUAGAGCAGCUAGCAAGAAAAUUUUAGUUCUUGGUGUUUUUCAUCGUAUAUAAUUACUUAUAAAAUAAUUUUUAAUACUAGAAAUUAUACAUUAAAUAUCAGUGCACACUCUUGCAGAGUUAUGCAUACUAAAUUGCAAAGAUAUUGUGUGUGUUAGUAGGUAGUUUUUUACUAUGUCUUAUAAUGAGUGCAUUGAAUAAAAGUGAAAACUGUAUCAGAAGACCACUUAUUUUUGACUGAAAUUUAUUUUUACGAGUUGAGUGAAAGUGCUCUUUAGAUGUAAGUAUAUAUUAGUUCUCGUAGUGAAGAUGCUAGCUUAACUUUUUAUUUGUGAGAUUUUUUAAAUUGCAUCUGUAGAAAAUAUUUCCUUGCACACUGGAGUUACUUGAUAAAGUAAUUAUUGUAAUAUAUAUAUACUUGCAUCAUUUUGAACUGAUGCUAUUCAACAGUGAGAAUAUAUUGUAAAUGUAUGUGGUGACAUGUAAUAUAAAAGUGAUAAAAUUUGAGGUAUUUCUUAGAUACACUAAUGUACGUUGUAGAUAAUUAGACACAUAUACACUAAUAAUAAAUGUUUUUCAGCAUGUACAUUAAAACUUUAUACAUACUUGUGGUGACUAUAAUUUCUGUGUUUAAAAUUAAAUUGUUUAAUUAAGAAGUAAAUCAUGUAUUUCUCCCAUAAUCUUAGUUGAAAAUUAUUAUUAUAACUAAAUUAUAUAACAAAAUCAUAAUACCAUAGGAGCCUGCCCUCUCAUGAGUAUGAAAAGAACCCAUAAAUGUUUUUAAUAAUUUAAGAUACUACAGAUAAUGUUCAUCAAAAAACCAUAAAAAAAUGGUAUGAAAUUAUCUGUAGAGAUUGCAUAGACUAUAUUACAAAUGAGUAUAAAAGCCUAUAUUAGUUAGUAACAUCCAUCAUAGUAGGUGGUAAAUUACUCUAGCUUUUAUAUUAUUAUGUACAUUAAAGCACUGCUGGAAUACAGCAUUAAAAAUUUGAUUGUGGGAGAAAUAUCAUCAGUUUCAUGUAUCCCUGAAACUAUUAUUUCAUCAGCACAAAAUAAUUUUAUAUAUAUCAUGCUUAGAGAUAAAAAAAUUUAAAAAAAAAAAUGUUCUCUCUCUCCAAAGUUUCAUUAGCGAACAUAUUAAUAAUAUUAAUAUGGGUUUUGUAGAGAAAUUGCUUUUAAUAAUGCAUAUAUAUAAAUAUGAAGAUAUUAUUUAUAUAAAAAUUAUAUGGUGUUCAGCUUUGUAAGUGGUUUGAACUAUUUCUUGUUUAUAUGUAUGUAAACAUUUUGUUAACAAGUGAGACAAAAAUGUAAGUUUAUAAAAGAACAAUCCUUGUUAUAUAUUUUUUUGGAGUUAUUUAGUUGCCUUUUUUCUUCUCACAUCGUUAUCCAUGAGGAUAAAAAGAUUUGUGGGACAACUUGGCCACACAGAAAAAUCGUUUUAUCACAACUUUGGGAGCGAAGAUUGUGGGAAAAAUUGCAGACAUUCUCACUCAUAUGUAGUGUUCAAAUUUUUUUAAUUUAACGUACUUUACCAUUCAUGGUAUUUGUUUUAGCUGUCAUCUUGUGUUGGUCCAUGUGAUAUUCAAUUUAGGAAUUCAAAUUCUUAACAAUUUCAAUUUGAAAAUCAAAAUGUAAAUUAUCUUCUAAAGUGGUUUUGCAUUAAAAGAAUUUUUUUCCUGAAAGGUAAGUCAUUAGCGUUAACAUCUUAGUUUUAUUUAACUUGUCAAUCCAUUGUAUUAUUAAAACAAAAGGCCUGUCCAUUUGUAAAAGUUUAUUUUGUGUUCAUAUAAGGUGCAUAAUGUAAAUGUUUUGCAAUUGAUUUAGAUCCAUACUUAUAAAAAAAAUUAAUUCAAGUUGAAUACACCUGACUAGACAAGUAGGGUGGUUGAUAGUGAAAUACUAUUAAAACUGUAAGGGGUUUGCCAUGCAAUUUUGAAUUCUAUUUUAAGAUUUUUUGUACCCCAUAUCACCAAAUACUCUACAAAAAAAAUUUUUUGAGCUGAAUUUUUUUACUUAGUUUUAUAAGAGUUCAUACAAAUGUACACAAAGAAUUAUUAUAUUUAAAGUUCUUUUGUGUUUCUGAAUACUUCAGGAUCCUCAUUUGCAUGAAAAACUUAACAGUGAAACAUUUUUAUUUUCCAUAAUAUUUGUACAAGUAGCAAAUAAAUUCUCUUUCAUAAAAAAAAAGUUAUCUUGCUGUUUUUGAAGCUGCAAUUCAAAUUUAAACUUAAGUUGUAUUUAAAUUAUGCAUUAUAUUUAAUUCCUUGUUAUAUAAAAAUUAGGUAUUACUAUACCCUCUGUUAUUGUUUGUAAUUUUCAAAUGGAAUUUUAUGUACAAUUUAUUCUAGCCUUUAUAUUCUCAAUUCAGAUAUUUGUGUAACAUUUUUACACCAUAUGUAAUAAUAUUAGCAAAAAGUUAACCACUAAUGGGAAAAAAAAAAUAUUUCGUGGCUAAUUAUAUUUGAGAUUCCAGCAAAAAUGUUGACAAAUGAUGAAGUAAGGUGUAAGACUUAGAAAUAUUUUGAUUCUGCAAUAAAAAUUUUAUCAUUUUUCAGCACAUGUACCCUUUACCUGUAAUUUAUUGUAGUAUCAAGCUGAUUUUAGUUUUAGACAUCAGGCUUUGAAUAAAAUACUUUAUAAAAAAAAUACAAGCUAUUCAAUCAAAUAAAAUUUUACAAGACACAUUUAACUAAAUUUUCAGGUACAACAGUAAGGCAGUCAGUCAUGAUAAACUAAACGAAGAAAGUAGGGAGUACAUGAAUAUGUGCACACCAGUAACAGCCGGUAUGUGCCCAUGAACACACUGGUUUUGGGGAUAUAUUUAUCGCAAUUUCCAGAGCCCUUUCAUAUCACAUUAAUUGCAGGAUUGCAUGCCUAGGUUAGCUACUCCACAACUUUAAGCUGCAAUAUUGCGGUACUGUGAUGUGCUCUUCCACAUACGGUGUAAUGUCAUAAGUUUAAAAUUGGUAAUGAGCACAGUUCAAAGUGUGCUCUUGUAACCAUCUCACAAAAAUUAAGUUUAUUGGUAGAACUCCUGUGUAUUUUGUAGAGUAUACUUGAAUACUCUUUUCUUUGUACAGCCACACUAAGGGCUACUUGCAGAGUCAGGUAAGGAAAUCCCAAGCGAAAAAAUUAGGUUAAUCAAAUGGAGAAAUACUUUACCUCAAGUCACAACUUUGCAAGCUGGCCUAAGUUGCAUUAUGAAGAAACCAUGUAUUUUGGAAAAAAAAAAUUACAUUAAAGAUUAAAAACUUCUACAAUAAAAUUCCUGCAACUGUCCAUAAAAAAAUCUCUGCAAGGAAUAAUUUUUACAUUGUCUACUCACCAUGCAUGGGACUUUGAUAAAUUUUCUUAGUGCUUGGAGUAGACUGUUAUGCUAUCGUACUCCAGUUUUGCACUCGUGUGCACUGGGGGAGGGGGGGGGGGGGGGUGGUAAUUCAUGAGCUUGUGUCUGGUGUGCACCAUGCAUACA